AUGUUAAAGAUAGAAGCAAAUUGUAAAAUUCCCUAUUCUUUCGAUUUUUCACAAAGCACAUUAACAUGUACAUUAAUAAGCGAAACUGAAUUGUGUAUGAAGCUAAUGAAGCUUUCUUCAUCAAUCAAAGCUAAUCACUCAGUAAAACGUCUUGUAAACAAUGAAAAGUUCGAUCUUGAAGAAUCAUUAGCGAUUCAAAGCAUUGGUUUUUUUGAAUAUUAUUCUUGA